AUGGGCACUUAUUCCCGAGUUUCGAUAAGCCAGAGCGGCCCGCGCCGCGGCAGCGGGACCGGCGACGCCGAGCCCGUCGGCGGGGAUUCGUCUACGCCCGGCGCGGAUAGCAUGUUGCUUGAUGCGCCGACGCCAGCGUCGCGGCGGCGAGGCGGGGGAGGGUCGGGGCUAGACCGGGAAGAGGGAGGGGAGGGUGGGAGGCUUGGGCUUGGGCUUGGCGAGGACGAGGAAGACGAUGAAGCCUGGAGAGACGGGGUCGAGGUGGAGGAAGACGGUGAUGAUGACGACGACGAUGUGGACCACGACCGCGACGACGAUCUUGACUAUGGCGACGAAGGGGAAGAAAGGGAAGGAGGAAAAGAGGACGAAGAAGCGCCGCGGUCCCUGUGGCCGAACCCAGAGGAGGCGGCGGCGAUGCUCGCCAAGUACAAGGGCCACAAGGCGGCGCUGUACCCGUUCGUGGUGAUUCCGCCGCACCUGGGAGAGGAGGAUCUCCGGACGCGGCGGCCGUUCCUGUGGAAGGCCGUCAUGAUGAUUGAGCGGGUGCUGGACGGCACGGGGCAAAUCACCAUGGCGAUGGAGCUGCUGGGGGACAUUUCCCGGGCGGCGUUUAUCCAGCCGGACAAGAGCCUGGACGUGCUCAUGAGCCUGCAGCUCGUCAUCGCGUGGAUGCACUACUCUAUCAACGGGUUCCAGCUCACCAACAUGCUGUUCUUGUGCCGGUCCUUGUGCAUCGGGCUGCGCAUCGUCAAGGAUACGGGGCAGUACCCCGGCGACGAGCUCCUGGUGAACCUGGUGCGGAUCCAGAAGCUGGCGCAGACCAUUGCCUUUACCGUGGGCGUUGACAACAAGAGCACGCUAGCGUCGAUGCAGCUGCCCCUCAUCAUGGUGGUGCAGUCGUUCCAGGAGCAGCUGGACGCGUUCAAGGCGAGCUUACCCCCGCACCUCCGCGAAGACCCGGCCAUCGUGUGCCGGACGGCGAUAGCGCAAGUCCUCCUCUACGAGGUUGCCGUGACGGAUGCCAUGUCGGCCUCGGCAGGGUCGACGACGGGCGGAUCCGGAGUAGGAGGAGGUAGUGGGACGACGGCUACGGCAACCACAGCGCAACCGGGACCGACGCUGUCCUCCCUAGGAUCGACCUCGUCUUCCUCCGCCUCGCUAGAAGCGCACACGGAACGUCUCGAGCUCCUAUGGCGGUGCACGAACUCGGUGCACGAGUACUUUGCGUGCCGGUUCGCGUCGCACGACGUGACGCGGCCGCGCUUCAUCGCGCUCAACGCGUCCGACUUCGUGUUCGCGGCGCAGGUGUCGCUCAAGCUGCUGAUCCUGCGGGUGCCCGGGUGGGACGCGGGCUUCGUGCUGGAGAAGCUCGAUUUCGAGCGCUUCGUGGACAAGGUGUCGAUGGAGAUUCGGAGCCUCAUUGAGCGCCGGAGCCAGAGCCAGUGGCACAUGGAGAUGACGGCGCGUCGGCUCAUUCCGAAGAUGGUGGAUCCGUUUGAGAAGCUGCACUGUUCGCUGCUGCAUUUCAAGGGGAUUUUGUUUACGGAGCUGACGAGGAAUGCGGCGGCGCGGCAGGCGGUGAUGCAGGGACAGCAGCAGCAGCAGCAGCAGCAGCAGGAACAAUCGUCGUAUCAACAACAACCCGUUCAUCAGCAGCAGCAUACAUCCGGAGAGGCGAGCGGCACUCGGACGCUAGGGCCGCACAUGCUCAACAGUCGGCCCAUGAUUGCGGGGCCGAUGCUGGUGGACGUGGACUUGGAAAUGUCGAACCUGGACGAGUUUAACCUCACGCAGGUCGAUUUAAUGGCGUACGACAUCUCCACGCCCAUGUGGGAUUGGGGACACCCGGGAGAUGCGGCUCAACCUUGA